AUGACCGAGGCACUUGCGGACGGCUCACUGGAGCACAAGCUUCAGGACCUUUGCCGACUCGGCUCUGCCAUCGACUGUUCUAUUGCGAGUGCAAACGCCAGACAUCAACUGGAAUCACUGUCCUACUCUGACCAGUCUACCGAACCAGGUCUCCCAGACGCCGCUCAGCGACCGAUCUUGGUCUGGACGGAGAAGUUCGCCAUCGUUGUCCACCACUUCUGGACCGCAUCGAAGCCCUUGAGUGGAACGGCAUCAGGAUACUGGAUCCGCGCGGAUCAGCGGGAUAUGGAGCACAUCAGCCAUGCUCAUCAUGCGGUUGGCGAGGUAUCCUCGCAUGGAGAUCCAGCGGUUGUACAAGUUGAAGAUCUCGCGCAUCUCCGACUGCAACUGGGCGUAGCGCGCAGCAUCGUGUCCGCUGCCAGUCAGCACUUGCAGGCGAUCGAAGUUGUACUGCUCGGCAGCGCAAGCGCCCUCGAAGUCCGCAGCCUCACGGAGCAUCUCCUCCGCACUCCCCGUCGACCCAGGGAUGAGGAAGGAGUGCUCGAUCUUGAGCACGUCUGCGCGUCAGCUCCCGUCCUUCUUCAGCUCCACUCACAGCGCGCAAUGUUGCGCCCGUGCACCACGAAUGCUCCGGGGAUCUUCUUGUCCGCGCACUCGACCUCGGCCUUGAUACCUGGCAAAGAGUUCUCCUGCGACUGGCCGCGCUCACGCAGGGGGAGAACUGUCGUCUGCGAGUUCGGAAGGCGGGCGAGCUUUUCGCACAAAGGAGUCCGGGUCGCCCCUCAGCGUGUAGUCGCUGUCGCGCCAGUCACCCAUUCCUUCGAAGGCCAUGAUGAUAGUGGUGGUAUCGGUUUUGUAGGAGGUAGUGGGGAGCUUCGGAAUGUUGCGUUGUCAAACCAACAGCAUUAUGACUUCCCACAUUCCACUCUGGCUCUUCGCAUGAACGUGGGAGAAUCGCAUCAGCCCACCCCAAGGACAGCAGACAGGUGCGACAGCAGGCGAAGGGCUCAAUCGCUGUUCCGCAUUCCUGCUCAGCCAUUCCCUUCGUCCAGAUUAAUGAACAUUGGCGCUCCACGAGCAGAAGCGCGGGGUGCGAACACCAGAGACCGAAGACCGAGCGCUGUCACUUGA